CAUUUGAAAUUACAGUUUCCCCACACACGACCCCCCUCCUCCCUUUUCCCCUCUCGAGGCGGAUAUGGUGCUGGUCACCACGUUAGCUGCGAUGCACAAUUCUCGCCCUCGAAUCGCCGAGCAAAGCCUCGCCAGUAACGGCAUUCAUCAGAUUCCAUCCAAGCCGGACCGCGGCCAGGACGAUCAAUACCAGGUCGGACCCAACGACCGGACCCGGCUGACCAACGGCUACCGUCACGUGAGUCCAGCCCUGGCCGCCCCCGGGGGCCCGGGGGUCGCGGGUGGCUCACCGUUCGACCAUGUGAUUAAAACUCGCCAGUCGUCUCUGGCGUCGGCCUCCAUGUCGGCGCUGCCCACCCAAAGAUCCCAACCGGAAGUCGUCAUGGUCAAUGGGUUCAUCGUCCACUCCAAGCCCACGCAUCACCACAGCCGCUCGCGCAGAGUGGGUCAUUCCCAAAACGGAUAUAUCGUGGAGGCCCUGGACGUGAAUGGCAAAGACUUUCACCCCAGCACGAACGGUCUGAAGUCUUUCUCGUGCUCACAAAUAUCCCAGGAUAGGAUAUCCCGUAACCCGUCUUCGAACAUUCUCUCGUCGUCAUCAUCGUCGUAUCUCGCUACUGCUUCAACUGGCGGUGGGGACCACGACAAACCCCUCCACCACGGCUCGUUCAUUGAUCACAGCUUCUCCCACCUGGACGGGGCGCGGUCUGGUUUAGCCCGGGUCCAGCAGUCCAAAUCGGUACCAAAUGGUUUAAAGGAGCUAUGCGCGUCGUCUCCCGCGGACAGAGACCCGGCAAAUUCCGGGAGUGAGCCCCAGGGGUCACCGGGUGAAGGUUAUCCCAGCAUGUCGAGUAUUGACACCUGGAGUCCAAACUACGUCCAGAUGAGUUUCUUUUUGAAGAAUCGGGAUGCCACAGCUGCCCAGCAACGCCAGGAACCCAACCAAACGUUGGUGGACGCCGCGAGGCUUGACAGAACUAACGCAACUUCCGGUCACCGAUUUCUUGACAAGAGGGUUGUGGGGAACAAUAUAGGAGGUCGUGAUCGAUCCGAUGAUACGAGAAGGUUCGGCUCCAUGCAGUGCUUGCACGCGGCUUCAGAAACGUUUAAAACGACGACCCUGAAGUCGGCCAGCUCAAACUGCUUCAGAGACUCAAGCUCAAGGCCGAUGACCGCUCAUCACAGCGGCAGGUCGUCCACGGGCACGAACGAUUACAUGGAGUCACGUGCCAUCCCCCACGCCACGAUGCCCCGCAGAGGCAGCGAUCAGCAGCUGAGGAGGACCGUGUCCUACGAGCAGCGGGGGCUCGAGGCUAAGCCCAGCGUGAUGAGGACGUCCAGCGACGGCGAGGUGGAGUCCGAAUACGUCACGCUGGACCACCGUUACGCCCCGAUCAUGACCGCCUCGCGUCUGUGUCGGGUGACGGAAGGAGCCGUCCCCCCUUUAGAUCUGACCCCACCCCAUCCCGUUCUGCCGGCGCGAAGCCCACUAACGCCUCAUCCCACCAUGCCCACCAGCGUCGCCACUAACCACGGGGCCGUGAGCCCCGAUGUGGCCAUGCACUCCCCAACUAACUCCCUGAUCAGACCCAGUAGAAGCAUGCAGUCCCUCAAGACGAACCCCACUCCCGACAGCCGGGUGUCUCUUCAGCACAAGAGAAGAGCCAACAACCCGGGCACACUGCGCGUGGUGGCAGAAACCAUAGGCUCCGUAUUUUACUCCCCGAGGAGCUCAGGGAGCAGCUCCAGGGGGAGCGGCAGCCCGAGGUCGAUCAGCAGCCUCGGCGGCACCCCCACGUUUUACCCCGGCGGCAUCGCGACGAGCAGUUUCAGGGGCGGCGGCGUCGCCUCCCGCGAUAAAGCGGGCCUUCCCUCCAGAAUGACCCGAAGCAAGUCGCUGCCCGACCUCCAGGUGCCGGACAACGAGAUGUCCAGCAACUACAGCGACGACGAGGACGGCGACGAUUUUGGCUUUCUGAGUUACCCUGUCUCAUUUACCUCUACAGCUAUGAACAAGGUGAAGUCCCCGUCACCAGGGACCAGGAUACUCCCCAAGAGAUGGAG